AUGCGCAGGGACACGCGGGGGCCGUGGCCAGCCUGGCCACGUGGCGGCGCGGGAGUGGCCGGGUCCACGGCGCGGGCGGUGGACCGGGGCGCGGCGGGGGUCCACCGGUCCGUGGUGGACCGGGGCCAGGGCAGAGAGCGGCGGGGGCCGGGUCCAUGGUGGACCGGCCGAGGGCGCCGAGCCGCGGUCCAUGGCGGACCGCGCGCGGGGCGAGGCGAGCAGGACCGCGGUGGCGCGGCGGGCAGGGACGGCGGCGCCAUGGCCGCCGCCGGCGAGGUUGCGGGCAUGGCCCUACGGGGCGAGACGGAGCACGCCGAGGGCACCACCGGGGUCGGCACGACGCGGCGAGGACGGGGCGCGGCUCACCUUCGCGAAACCGGCAGCGCGGAGAGGAGUGCGACGGCGGCGGCGGCGAGGUUGACGGCGGUGGCGCGGGUUUCGGCGAAACGAACGCGCGGCGGCUCGGGAGCGAAGCUAGGGUUCUAG